AUGGCACUACAAGCAUGGGGACGAGUGUGGUCAGCUGCAAAACGAUUAUGUCUUCCAGCUGUAUUUGCAGAAUCACAUAUAUCUGCAUUGCGAACAACGAGUUGCACGUGCUACCAGCCGAUCAUAUUCAGGAAAUAUUGUGACACUGGGGAUGAUUCUAUGAAAACACCAAAGGUGUCAUCUGAGGAGUCCGAGUUGACGCUGAAAGCCAGAUAUGAACGAAGAAAUGGACCAGUCCUUCCUUACAACUUGUCAAAUAGACGUCAUUACCGUCGAAGAACAGUAUUUUCAGCUAGAGAUGUUGAAAAUUUACUCACACAAUUGGAACAUAAACAGCCUUUUGAUAAUGAUAGUCCUGUAAAAAUGAAAGUUGACCCAUUUGAACCAGAGCAGCGAAAGUGUAUACUCUGUAAAGCCAAUGUUCCAGUGGACUACAAGAAUGUUCGCCUGUUAAGUCAGUUUGUGUCCCCCUACACUGGACGUAUUUUUGGGAGGCACCAGACAGGAUUGUGUGUUCACAUGCAGAAGAUAGUCUCUACUUCUAUCAUCAGAGCGCAACAUGCUGGUUUUAUGCCAAGAAUGCAUAAAGAGAGAGCAUUCAUACAUGAUCCAAAACUGUAUGACAUUUUUGCCAGACAGAGAAAAAGAAGAUUAAGUGAUGUCAAGAUUUCUAAAUAAAAAUAGGUAAUUUGACAGUGUGAGCAGAACCUGAAUUAUCAAUGCAUUUUGAAAUACAUAAAUGAAAUGAUUGAGUACAGUCAAUAACAUAGAAUUGCUGAUCCAGAAGUUUGUGUCAAUAUACUAGCUCUGGACUGUAUAUGAUGUACGGACAGUAAGGAAUAUCUGUAAUAAAUUCAUACCAAUAAA